UCCAAAACCAAUUUUCAGAGAUGAACACUGCUUCUUCCGUCUCCGAGCUCUCUCUACAGUUGAUCUCCUCUGCAUUUCAACGAUGCCGCGCCUCCGACGACCUCUGCAGCCUCUCCGUCGUCCUCCGGCGGUCUCCGGCUUCCAGUCUCGUCCGAAUUUCAGUCUCGGAUACCGGCGUUGGAAGCUGCACGGAGGAGUUUGAAGCUCUGAAUAUUUCCAGGGAGGCUCACGCCGGCGGGAUUUGGGAUGGAUUGCUUUCCGUCACAGCCACCGGUAUUAGUGAUAAUGAGAUAUUUAACUAUCAGUUUGAUCUGAAAGAAGCUGAGUCAGCUAGAAGGUUGACCAGGCUGCCCUCGAGUCAAAAGAAUGGGCAGAGAUUCAGUGGGACUGAAGUUUGUCUGUCGAUUUUCGAAACCGUUGAUAUUUUGCUGCGGGAGGUUACUCGCUUCUUUCAAAAGAUCCUCAUUCUAAAGAUCCCUAAUGUUGCAGUUCAGCUGGUGGCUGAUCAUGGGGAUGUUUCUGGAUCACAAUAUGAAAAUGUGUUUCUGGCAAAUGAAUGGAACCCUUUGCCAUUCUCGGCCUCAAAUCUUGAACGAAUAAAGUCAGGCCUUGAAGACUAUGUUUUUAGGCAUGGAAAUACAUUAGGAAAGAAAUGUGAGUCAUGCUUCUCAAAUUGGGAUCAUCUCAAGGUUGGGACUGGAGUAGCAUGCCACAAAGAAAGCCAUAGAUAUUCUGAAUCAACUAUGGAAGCUGUGAUUGUAAUAAGUGAAACAUCAGAGCUGGCAAGUACCUGCGUGAGGGCAUUUGACUCUGUAACAGAGGUUUUGUGUUUCAAAGGUUUCUCACCUUGUCCAGUCUCCCAAUCAGCUGUUAAGGCACUAUCAAGUAUUGAUUGGAAAAGUUAUGGAUUAAUUUUUGCGGGAGUUGUGGAGCAGGGUGGCUAUGCAAUAGUGAAAUGGGAGAACUUGCCGCCAAAUGUUCAAAUUGACAUUUCCCUCCACCAUUACCAUAACCAGGUUAUAAUACCAUCCUCCAGGCUAAAGAUGCAACCUGAUCAAAAACUUGUAAAAAAGGCAGUUAAACUUGCAUUGGAUGAUUUGAAGGACAAAAACUCUGGAGUUCUUCUAAGCGCCCAUGCCCUCAAGGUCCGUAAUUGUGCCCCUGAUCUUGCUAAAACAAUUUCUAGCCUGAUCUUGUGCUCCAAUGAUUCAAACUUCCGAGAAGAAUGCUUUUCUUUUCUUGGCUUACAAACUCAAGGAGUAGGAAGUGAACUUGUUGAAGACUGCAUAAAGGAAAAGAUCAUUUCUGUCAUAGAGAUGAACGACAGAGAACAACCUCAGAGAAGCAAAGAAGUCCAAACUUAUCUUUUCGAGGAUGAUCACUUCCAGGAUUCAGGAUUUCAAGAUGCAGAAUAUGAAGGCGAGGAUGCUUAUAUGUCUAUGGAAAUAUAAAUUUCGUGCAUUCCAAAUAGGGCAUGCCCGUAUGAGUUGGUAUAUUAUUAACAAAUGAGUAACUGCUAGAUUACAUUGGGAAAAUGUCUUGUUCAUAUGAUUAUGUACUUAAUCAGUUCUGGUCAUUGUCAUCUUUCAAAUUCCAUCACACAUACAUGAUCGUUCAAUG